CAGGGUCAAGACGAAGCGAAAAUACACAAAAUACUAAGUGAAUAUGAUUGUUGUUGAGUAAAAACAGCGCAUAACGAACACGGCCAGUGGCAGCAACAACAACGAAACUGUUAAUUUGCUUAAAUCAAAGCUGGAAGGCGAUAAAGCGGCUAAGCUCCAACAACAGCAGCAGCAGCAGUAAAAGCAGCGCAGCAACAAAAGCAACAACAACAGCAGCAGCGCAGCAGUAAAAAGUGCCAGUGUGUGUGGGUUGUUUUGUAUGUGUAUGUGUGUUCGUGGAAAUUGAGCCAGGAGGUGGAACAGGGACAGGAAUAGUCACACAGGAACAGGAACCAGAGGAACGCCAACGCGAACUCAAACGAAACGGGAACGGUUAGAGAGAGAAAGAAAGAGUGUGUGAGUGCAAGGGAGUGUGAGUGGGUGAGAGAGAGAGAGAGAGUGAGAGGAUUUGGAGUCGGAGAACGCAGUCAAGUGGAGAGAGCUCCAAUCCAGAGGAGCAGCUCCAACUCCAGCAUCAGCCAUGUCUUCGAAUAAUCAAUCAAGCGACAGCCAAGUGGCAACAAGUGCCAGCCAGCAGCGAGCCAGCAACGCCUCCACCGCUGAUGCUACAGACGCCAACAGCUCCUCCGCCGCUGCGGCUGGUGACGUUGGCUCUUCCACUGUUGCUGGCAAUGCCGCCACCUCUGCGGCCGCUGCCACUUCCUCCUCCUCCCAGGCCAGUGCCAACGCCAACGCUGACGCCAACGCCAACGCUAGCAACUCGAACGCCGCGGACCACGACGGUAGCCCUACAAAGCAGGGCAAGCCCCAUGGCGGCCAUACGGCGAUCAACACCAAAGAGCGUGUAGUGGACAGUGUCCCCUUUCCACCCAGCCACAAGCUGACGCUGGCCGAGGUCUUCGAUCCGCGCACGGGCAAACCCAAUCACGACGUCCUGAAGCAGCACUUUGUGUUGGAGGGGCGCAUCGAGGAGGCGCCCGCCCUUAAGAUCAUCCAGGACGGAGCCGCGCUGCUGCGCCAGGAGAAAACCAUGAUCGACAUCGAGGCGCCGGUGACGGUCUGUGGGGACAUACACGGCCAGUUCUACGAUCUCAUGAAGCUGUUCGAGGUGGGCGGUUCGCCGGCCACCACAAAGUAUCUCUUCCUGGGCGACUAUGUGGACCGAGGCUACUUCAGCAUCGAGUGCGUGCUGUAUCUGUGGUCGCUGAAGAUCACCUAUCCGCAGACGCUGUUCCUGUUGCGCGGCAACCACGAGUGCCGGCACCUGACCGAGUACUUCACCUUCAAGCAGGAGUGCAAGAUCAAGUACUCGGAGCGCGUGUACGACGCGUGCAUGGACGCGUUCGACUGCCUGCCGCUGGCGGCGCUAAUGAACCAACAGUUCCUGUGCGUGCACGGCGGCCUGUCGCCGGAGAUACACGAGCUGGAGGACAUACGGCGGCUCGACCGCUUCAAGGAGCCACCCGCCUUCGGCCCCAUGUGCGACCUGCUGUGGUCCGAUCCGCUGGAGGACUUCGGGAACGAGAAGAACUCGGACUUCUACACGCACAACUCGGUGCGGGGCUGUUCGUACUUCUACAGCUAUGCCGCCUGCUGCGACUUCCUGCAGAACAACAAUCUGCUGUCGAUCAUCCGGGCGCACGAGGCGCAGGACGCCGGCUACCGCAUGUACCGCAAGAGCCAGACCACCGGUUUCCCCUCGCUGAUCACCAUCUUCUCGGCGCCCAACUAUCUCGAUGUGUACAACAACAAGGCGGCGGUGCUGAAGUACGAGAACAACGUGAUGAACAUCCGGCAGUUCAACUGCUCGCCGCACCCCUACUGGCUUCCCAACUUCAUGGACGUGUUCACCUGGUCGCUGCCCUUCGUGGGCGAGAAGGUCACCGAGAUGCUGGUGAACGUGCUGAACAUCUGCUCCGACGACGAGCUGAUGACCGAGGAGAGCGAGGAGCCGCUCUCGGACGACGAGGCGGCGGCGCGCAAGGAGGUCAUACGCAACAAGAUCCGGGCCAUUGGCAAGAUGGCGCGCGUCUUCUCCGUGCUGCGCGAGGAGUCCGAGAGUGUCCUCCAGCUGAAGGGCCUGACGCCGACGGGCGCCCUGCCCCUCGGCGCCCUCUCCGGUGGCAAGCAGUCGCUCAAGAAUGCCAUGCAGGGCUUCUCGCCCAACCACAAGAUUACCUCGUUCGCGGAGGCCAAGGGCCUCGAUGCCGUCAACGAGCGGAUGCCGCCCCGUCGCGACCAGCCUCCUACGCCCAGCGAGGACCCGCACCAUCCACAGCCGUCACAUCACAGUCAAGGCAACAGCAACAACGGUGCGGCGCAUGGGUAAGCGGCAAGCCGCAGAUCGGAUCGACUGUGCAGGCAGGCGGUACGGCAGUGGUACGGAGUGGAGUGGAAUGGAGUACAGUGGAGUGGAGCAGAGCAGAGU